AUGGCUUCAACAAUAGUUUGCUUAUGGCUUUUAUUUAUGAUUAUCACACAAGUAGUCGGAGAAGAUACACAAUCGAUGAUAAUGUCUUUAAUGGUUGAUUCCACGAAUUGUCAAGUAGCUUGUUUAACUCAAAGUCAAUGCAUAGCAGCCACUUUUUAUCGAUCAACUUUUAAUUGUGAAUUAUUUGAUAAUAUAUUGAACCAAAAUGGAAAUAUGUUGGCUAAUAUGGAUGCGACUAGUAUGAGUAUUAUUAGUGGAACACGAUUUCCACCAGCAACUACGACAACAACAACAACAACAUCCACUGCAUCAUCAACAGUAUGUACCUGCUCACAGACUGCUAUUACCAUAUUUGGCAGUCAAGCAGGUACAUCUGGCUCUAACCUUACACUUCUUUCUCAACCAAUUGGAAUGUAUUAUGACGGACCUAGCAAUAUGUUAGUCGUUGCGGAUUUUGGAAAUCAACGUAUUCUACGAUUUUCUAUUACGAAUCCGCCUACAGUUGCAACAGUGAUUGCUGGAAGUAAUGGUCAAGGUUGCAACAUGAAUCAGUUUUAUUGGCCUAAUGGAAUAGGUGUUGAUAGUUCUGGUCAAUUGUAUGUAGCAGAUUUCUUUUGCAAUCAGGUCGUUAGAUUUCCAUCAAAUUCAAAUUCGACGACAUCUGGAACACUUCUCGGUUCUGUAGCUGUAGCAGCAUUAAUAUCCAUAAAUCAAUUGACUAAUGAUAUCUAUGUAGCUAGCUACAAUGAUAAUGCGAUAUACAAAUUUGUUGGAGGUAGUGGACCAUCGGUGGUUGCAGCAGGUGGCAAUGGUAAUGGAAAUGCCUCAAAUCAGCUGUCAGGUCCAAAUGGUGUUUACUAUGAUUACUUAUAUACAAAUUCUUUGUACGUUGCGGAUAGUGGUAAUAAUCGUAUAUUGAAAUUCGCAUCGGGUUCAACGAGUGCAACUUAUGGAACAGUUGUCGCUGGAGGUAACGGAGCUGGAAAUGGAACAAAUCAGUUGAAUAACCCAAGAUCUAUAGUGGUCGAUAGUAGUGGAACUCUCUAUAUAUCUGAAGCAGGUAACAAUCGUGUUACACGUUGGCUACAAAAUUCGAGUAGGGGCAUUACAAUCAUUGGUGGUACACAAGGAGCAGCAGCGAAUCAACUAUAUUUCCCUGAACAAAUCCUCUUUGAUGGAUCUCGUAACCUGUUGGUUGCUGAUAGAUAUAAUAAUCGAAUACAACUCUUUAAUAUAACAACAGCAUGCUAG